AAAUAGUUUCCGGUAUUUGUCGCCAACGUUCUUCCAUUUUGUUCUUCAAGGGUAUCUACAAACCUCAAGUCGAGCCAACAUGUUUCGGUUUGUUAAAGCAGCGCUGAACGUCUCCGCAGGACAAGGUGCCCGUCAAGUGAGGCUCAGUUCGACGCACUCCCCCGAAUUCCAUGCCAAGUAUGGCACCGGACUGAUGAUCGGAGGAUUCGCGUUUUGUGUGUCUGUCUGGGGAUUUGUACUGACACAAACCGGCAUCACAUGGAAUCUGUCUCCAGUCGGCAAGGUCCAACCCAAACCAUGGAGGGAGGUAGAAGAAUAAUGGACUGAG